GUUGAGGGGGUUGGCAGCGUGGAGUUUGUUGUGCGUUUCUGAAAUCAUAAAAUUCGGUAGGAUUGCAGUGAAAUUAAGAGCUUAUUUCCUGACCACACAUCGGAUAUUACCAUAGGUGUGAUGCGGAACCUGAAGCUCCUGAAAUGCCAGCGCUGCUCAGAUUUGCAGGGUCCUGGUAGCCCGCAGUUUUUCUCGGUGCGGACGGACACUGGCACCAUCCUGGUGGCCUCCGAGUAUGGCAUCACAGAACUUGACCCACGAGCCGGUCAGGUAGUAAAUGAAGUGUCUCUGACGGCGGAGAACUACCUGCCUGAGGAUGGCAGCGGAUCCAUUGUGGGGAUUCAGGAUUUACCAGACCAGGAGUCUGUGUGUGUGGCCACCGCCAGCGGUGAUGUCAUCUUGUACAGUCUCAGCACCAGCCAGUUGGAGUGUGUGGGCAGUGUGGACAGUGGGCUUACUGGAAUGAGUUGGAGCCCUGACCAGGAGCUGGUCACCCUCAGUACAGGUCAGGAGACUAUCAUCAUGAUGACCAAGGACUUUGAACCCAUAACUGAGGUUGAGAUCCACCAGGAUGACUUUGGUGAAGGCAAGUUCAUCACUGUGGGCUGGGGAAAGAAGGAGACCCAGUUUCAUGGGUCUGAAGGCAAGCAGGCUGCCCAGCGCAAGACAACAGAGGUCCAGCCAGCCAUGGCGUGGGAUGACCGCAGGCCUCGGAUCACCUGGAGGGGGGAUGGGCAGUUCUUCGCUGUGAGCUCUGUGUGCCCACAGACAGGUGCCAGGAAAGUAAGAGUUUGGAACCGGGAAUGUGUCCUGCAAUCUACAAGUGAAGUCGUCAACGGACUGGAACAGGCGCUGUGCUGGAAACCCUCAGGGAGCCUGAUCGCAUCAACGCAGCGGCACCCUAACAAGCACAGCGUGGUGUUUAUGGAGAGGAACGGCCUUCUGCAUGGUGAUUUCACACUCCCUUUCGGCAAGGAGCAGGUCAAGGUGAAGGAGCUGCUGUGGAACUGUGACUCUACUGUGCUUGCAGUUUGGGUGGAGGACAUGAACCCAGGGCCAGAGGGCCAGCUCAACACAUACAUUCAGUUGUGGACAGUGGGGAACUACCACUGGUACCUGAAGCAAAGCCUGCACUUUGGCAGUGCCCCCCCCAGCGUCCCGGCCUGUGUGUGCUGGGACCCUGAGGUGCCCCAUCGCUUGCACCUCCUUACCCGGGGGUGGUGCAGCCUCACCUACGACUGGGGCUGGAGCACCGAGCGCAGCCUGGGGGACGACGUCUGUGACAACGCCAAUGUGGCUGUGAUUGAUGGAGACAAGGUUCUGGUAACUACGUUCCGUCAGUGCGUGGUGCCCCCGCCCAUGUGCGCCUAUGAGCUCCAGCUGCCUGCUGCUGUCAAUCAGGUGACCUUUCACCCCGGGCCCCAAAGGACCAACGACCUGGCUGUGCUCACAGCGGAUGGGCGCAUCUUUGUCUACUGCCAAAAAAAGGGGAACCAGAGUGAUUCUGCAGUCGGACCUUCUGGAUUUAGGAUUGUUUCUCAGACUCCUGAACUGAAAGAGACCUACAGAGUUGAUGUGGAUGAGCAGAAGCCCCUGGCCGUGCGUCUGCUGCGCUGGAUGAGGGACGACACCUUCCUGGCAGUGGGGUGCGGGGAACAGCCCCACCAUUCACGCCUGCUCAUCCUGGGACCCUCAGGGACCCCUGGCCCAGAGCAGAGACUGGAGAUCAGGUCAUGUGUUCCAGUCGAAGGUCAUGUGAUCAGCUUGUGCCACUGCCCCAAAACCGGCACAGUGGCGCUGCAGCUGGAGGAUGGUCAGAUCCGGAAGUUCCUCUGGGACUCCUCCGAGCCCUCGGUGGUGGAGUGGCGGAACUCCAGCGGCCACACUGUCCACUUCCCCCUGCCCUGUGUGCAGACUGCUCUGGGCACCGUCGCUGGAGAGGAGCAUUUCUUUGGCCUCACAGACAGGUCUCGCUUCUUUGUCGGUGACACAGAGAUUGCCUCCAACAUCUCUUCCUUUGUGGUGUAUGACACCUUCCUGCUGCUCACCACUCACUCGCACACAUGCAGGUGCCUCAACAUGAGCACACUAUCAGUGAAGGGGCUGCUGGCAGCUCUUAGCUCAGACGGGGGGCAGAACGAUGAGACCCUGCGGAGGGUGGAGAGGGGGUCCCGAAUCGUCACAGUCGUCCCCCAGGACACCCGGCUCAUCCUGCAGAUGCCUCGAGGGAACUUGGAGACAGUCCACCAUCGAGCGCUGGUCCUCGCUCAGGUCAGGAAGUGGCUGGACAGCCUAAAGUUCAAAGAUGCCUUUGAGUGCAUGAGGAAGCUGCGAAUCAACCUCAACCUCAUCUAUGACCACAAUCCCAAGAUGUUUUUAGAGAGUGUGCAGACGUUCCUGAGGCAGAUCGACUCUGUCACCCACAUCAACCUGUUCCUGACAGAGCUCAAGGAGGAAGACACUACCAAGACAAUGUACCCAUGUCCAUCAGUCACUGCUGCUCAGCCUGCCCCUGGGGGUUCUGGGAAGAAAGUGGACAUUGUAUGUGAUGCUUUGAGGUCCACCAUGGAAACCAUGGACCCAAACAAGUACUGCCUGUCUAUUCUGACCUCUCAUGUUAAGAAGAGCGUUCCAGAGCUGGAGAUCGCUUUGCAGAAAGUCCAUGAGCUUCGAGUGAACCCUCCCAGUGCAGCGGACGCAGUGAGCGCAGAAGAGGCCCUGAAGUACCUGCUGUUCCUGGUCAACGUGAAUGAGCUGUAUGAACACUCCCUUGGCACUUACGACUUUGACCUGGUCCUCAUGGUGGCAGAGAAGUCCCAGAAGGAUCCAAAAGAGUAUCUGCCAUUUCUAAACACCCUGAAGAAGAUGGAACCCAACUACCAGCGCUACACCAUUGACAAGCACCUGAAGAGAUACAAGAAGGCUUUACAUCAUCUCAGCAAGUGUGGUGAGGAGCACUUCACAGAGUGUCUGAACCUGGUGAAGGACCAGAGACUCUAUAGCGAGGCUCUUCGGCUGUACCCGUCAGACAGCCCCCAGUACAAGGCUCUAAGCUGUGCCUACGCAGAGUACCUGGUGGAGCAGCAGCAGGCGGAGCAGGCAGGGCUGUUGCUGUGGCGAUGCGGAGAGACACCCCGCGCCCUCCAGGCCUUCGUCAGCUGCAGUAGCUGGAGGCACGCCCUCUGCGUGGCUGCCCAGAUCCCCCUGCCCCCUGACCAGCUGGCACUGCUUGCCCGAGACCUUGCAGACAAACUGAUAGAACUCCGAAGAUACACAGAAGCCGCCGUGUUACUGGAACAGUAUGCCAAGGACUGCGAGGAGGCCAUCUCUGCCCUUAUCACAGGAGCAGCCUGGGAGGAAGCCCUCAGAUUGGUUUAUCUGUACAACCGACAGGACAUAAUUGAAACCAAUCUGAAGCCAGCACUUCUAGAAGCGCACAGCAAUCAGACCUCUUUCCUGGAGGCUCAGAGAACACUAUUCGUACGUCACAAAACGCGCCUAGCGGUGGUACGGGAGCUGAAAGAGAAGGCCAGACUGGAGCUCUUAGAGGAGGAUGCCCCAGACUGCCCAGACUCUGACCUCUUCUCCGAGUCCAGCAGUGUGAUGACUGGCACCAACACCAACUCCAAGUACUCCCACAGCAACUCUCGGAUCUCCGCGAGGUCAUCCAAGAACCGCAGGAAGGCAGAACGAAAGAAGCACAGCCUGAAGGAGGGCAGCCCCCUGGAGGAUGUGGCCCUGCUGCACGCCCUGGCCGAGAUCAUCCACACCGUGGACAAGAUGCGAGAUGAGGUACACAGCCUGCUGAAGGCUCUGGUGCUGUUUGGGUUCGACUCCCAGGCAGGGAAGUUGCAGCAAUACUGUGGGGAAGCCCUGCAGCUUAUGGAGUCAGCCAUCCCGGAGAUCUGGCAGGGGGACCAGGCACAGAGCCACAACCCUAUCACAGGUCCGAACUCAACAGCAAAUAGCAUCAUGGCAUCAUAUCAACAGCAAAGACCACCUUUAGUGAUACAGCAAGAUGCAGAGAUCUUCAUUCCUCCAAAGAUGAAGAAUGACAUCAAAUGGAAGCUUAGUAUUCUUAAGUAGCUGGCUAAAUAAAUGUAUUUUUAAUUAUAUUGAUAAUAUUUGUUUUUUAAGAAUAUCAUGAAUAAAGGUAACACAUUUUCGAACCUUUUAUAGUUGCUAAUCAUGACAGAUAUGAAUUAAACAUACCUGCAUGAUUUUUCAGUGUAUCAUGUGACUACUAUUAUUUAAAAUAAUAAUAUGCCAUUAUAAGCAAUUAGUCAAUCCCCAAAACACACCAGUUGCUUUCACAGUAAUGCUGUCACAAUACUUUCUUGCACAAAAUGUAAAUAUAAGAUUGUGUGCAGUUUGAAAACAUAUCCAGGAGAGACGGUGUUAAAGCAAAUGUAAAAAAUAAAUUAAUU